AUUGCAUGACGUGUGGGAGCGCCGGAGCGGUGCGCCCAAUAAAACAGCGUGCGCCGCAUUCACGUUAUCAGACGCUUUCCCUCUUUAAAACCUCCUCAAAAAUUGUUAGUCUCGUUUUUAAUACCUAGAAAACGGACGUCUUAAGAAGUUUUAACAGUUAAUUGUCUCCCUCAUUCAUAAUUAAGUAUGGAAGACUUGAGUUUCGUUCCCGAUCUCCCGAGCGGGCCCCUGGAUAAAUACAGAAAAACCUCGUCGUUUGACUGGAAACGCCUUAAAUUGGCGUUAGAAGGCGAUAAUAUAGAGCUACUAAAACUUAAGUACAAAAUAUGGCUGACCCUAGAAAAGGACCCGCUGUUCGCACACAGCACGGUGUCGCCGAGCGUGGACGAACAGAAACGCAUCACCCAGCUCCAGUUGAAGAGAAUCAACGAAUACAGGUUCCACACCACAGAAAUGGUCAACUCUAGUUAUAGUAGGAGGACACGAACAAUAAUGACUAUAAACGAGGCGGUGCAGUCGUUAAAUCCCAGUGUGUCAGUGAAAAUGGCGAUCGGCAUAUAUCUGUUCUCAAAUGCCUUACUGUCGCUCGGCACUGAGAGACAUCACAAGUUCUACGAGUCAACGUUUGUUAAAAGAGAGACUGUCGCAAGUUUCGCGUUGACGGAGAUCGCGCACGGGUCGGACGCGCGACUGAUGCGCACGACGGCGACGUACGACCCGCAACACAAGCAGUUCGUCAUACACACGCCAGACUUCGAAGCGGCUAAAUGCUGGGUUGGUAAUCUAGGUAGGACCUGCACUCACACACUACUGUUCGCUCAGCUGAUCACCCCAGAUGGUACCAACCAUGGCUUACACGGCUUCCUGGUUCCAAUCCGCAACCCUGAAACUAUGGAGACGAACCCUGGACUAAUUGUUGGCGACAUGGGAGAAAAAAUCGGAGUCAAUGGCAUCGAUAAUGGGUUCAUAAUGUUCAACCAGUACAGGAUACCGCGAGAGAACUUGCUCAACCGCACCGCUGACGUCACGGAGGACGGCGUCUACGAGUCGUCAUUCUCAGACCCAUCGAGGAUACUGGGGGCUGCACUCGAAAACCUUUCAGCAGGUCGUAUCGGCAUAAUGCAGGAGAGUUGCCACUCGAUAGCGAGCGCGGUCACCAUCGCGAUCCGGUACGCGGCCACGCGCAUGCAGUUCGGGGAGAGGGACAACGAGAUACCGCUCAUCGAGUACGAGUUACAUCAAUGGCGUCUCUUUGGCUACGUAUCAGCUGCUGUGGUAUUCAGGAUGUACAUAGAAAAUUUCGCCAAAAUCUACCUCGACAUCGUUGAGAAAUCCAACUCGGGAAUGAAAGUCGAUAAUUUGAGCGAGGCGGUGUCAGAGAUCCACGCGAUGGUGUCGUGCAGCAAGCCGCUGCUCACGUGGACCGUGCUGGCGGCCGCGCAGCAGUGCAGGGAGGCCUGCGGGGGACACGGGUAUCUCAAGUGCGCCAACCUAGGCGACAUCCGCAGCAACCACGAGGCCACCGUGACGUACGAGGGCGACAACAACGUGUUGUCGCAGCAGACGGGCAACUGGCUGCUGCGCCAGUUCGAGUCCGCGCGCGGCUCCCGCAGCGUGGACUCGCCGCUGCACACCGUCGCCUUCCUGCUGGACUGGGAGAAGUGUCUCGCCGCCAGGUUCCGCUGCACCAGCACACAGGAGCUCAAGACUAGGGAAUUUAUAAUAACAACCUACAAAUGGCUACUCUGCUGGCUACUAAAGCAAACUCACGAGAAAUACGAAGCUCAGCUCGCUAAAGGCUUGUCUAAGUUCGAGGCUCGCACCAAGUGCCAGGUGUACAAGUGGCGGGAGCUCACCAAGACCUACGCGGAGUACCUGGCUCUCAUAUUCUUCCUGGAGUCCUUGGACAAGAAGGAUAAGGAGCUGCAGCCGGUGCUGGAGACCAUGUUCUGUCUGUACGGACUGUGGUCGCUCGACCAGCAUCUCGUGGAACUCUACCAAGGAGGGUAUUCACAGGGCGAGUCGCUGGCCCGGCUGCUGCGCGAGGCGGUCCUGCAGCUGUGCGCGGCCCUGCAGCCGGACGUGGUGAGCGUGGUGGACGCGCUCGCGCCCACCGACUUCGUCCUCAACUCCGUGCUCGGGAAGAGCGAUGGCAAUUUAUACCAAAACCUCCAGAAGGCGUUCUUCAGCCAGCCCGGCGCCUUCGAGCGCGCCGCCUGGUGGCGAGACAUCGUCAACGUGCGCUCCAAGAUAUAGGCGCAGCCACACGCCUAGGGUACAUAACACUAGGUCGAAUCCAGAACAAAUACAAUCAUAAUUAUGGUACAAUUAUCAAAAAAUAAUAUCUACAAGUGGAAUACUUAAAAAAAGUGGUAUUUAAGAAGAAGUAUAUAUUCAAUCUAAUUUCCUCCUAACCCAUAAUCUGUGAUUGUUUAUUCGGGAUUCGAUCAAAUGUAAUAUAAAUAUUAUUUAAUAUCAAUUCGGAAUGUUAUCGUGUGUUCAAAAUUAUCGAAGGGAGCCUCAUAACGAUGCAUUUAGUUUGCGUUUAUCGUACAAAUAUGUUUUGUAGUUAUUACGACAGUUGCUGUCAAGGCUAAACAUGAAUUAGUUUUAUUUAGCUAUCAGAGGGCCUGCCACCACCUGUUAAAGUAACUUUGCUACAGUUGUGAAAACAAGAUGGCGCUAUGUAGCGUGCGCGCUUCGGUUCCAAGUAAAGCUCUCAAGUUGGACUCGCGACACUGCGAUGAACUAAUGGGCUACAGAAAUAUCGGUGGGCUGACAGACUUGAGGAUCGACACUCACCAAUUUAUUUUGGCACACAAAUUAAUGACCAGUUAAAAACUGGUACCCAACUCCGACCUUCAUUUAUAUUUGUUGUUAUAGCAGCAACCGAAAUCGGUAAGAAUUUCCACUGUCAUAGCCUUAAGACAGAAUAGACAAACGUAGUAAUAAUAAGGUUCUAUUUUCCCGUUUCAAGGUUCCGUCUAAAAUAAUAGACAGCACUCAGAUUUGCCCACCAAUCACCACUUCCUAAGCGCUCUUAUUUAAAGUGGUGGUAGGCUCUCACUUAUCCAAGUCGUAAUAAAUAUUUGUGUUGUUUUAGCCAUAGGUCUUAUGUAUACGAGGAAAAUCAUUGAUAACCGACUAUUUGAGUCUUCAUAUUAAUUGUUAAACCUGAUUAUAAAAUUGAUGAGUUUUGACUAAAUUCGCUGGUUCCCGGUGCGUUGCCUCGUAACGAAGGACUGUAUAGUGGCUAUAGGUUUAAUAUUAUGUAAAAUAUUAUUGUUAACGCACUCCUGCUAGUGCCACUUACACUAUUACAUAACAUUUAUAGUGCAUACGUCUUUUGUUGGUCUAUAUUUUAAUAUAGUUGUCUUUUUCAAUCGUUUCAUAGCUUAUGUUGUUUAAGUACUCCGGUUGGGUCCGAAAC